AUGGGGAUUAUAUUUGGCACUAGUAGCAACAAUAUAUCUAAAAUUGAAGUGUACAAGAGUCCCAGCGGCAAUGACCAAACUAUUGUAUACUCAACUUCUCUUUCAAGAACUUGCACCCUUCGAGCUGCCUUCGGAGUCCAAACAGCAUAUUUCAGUCUCAUGGACUCUCUUACUACCUUAGGAUUCAGAGUAGAUUUCAUGGUUCGCCAUGAAGGCUGCAUUAGGCCCAUUGAUUUCAGAAUUGGAGGCCGUGUUUUAGAUAUACGCAACGAGCCAAACAAUCUUUGCAUUCAGUACGGAAUACCAAACUAUAACCUAGGCAUACUUGUCGCUAACAAAAACCCUACGAGUACAGGUGGUGAAACUUUGUUGGUGUUUCACAUGUUGUUGAGUGCUUCGGAGUUAUGUCUAGGUGGGUGGCAUGUUUGGCAUGAUGUUUGGAAAGGUCGUUUCGUGUGCGAGUCUAUUGGUCCUUUUCGACGCUCUUCAUUUUCAGAGAUCAUGAUAGAUAUGGAGAAUGCUCGUAAUCCUUUUUUUUCAAACGCUGCAAGUUCUACCUGCAGGGACCAAACAUCGAUUACUGGCCUUAUAAAUAAUCUCGGUGGACCAGUACUUGGCCAUCUCAAUGGUUCUAUCAUCAACAAUAUUAUUAAUAAUUAUUUCUCCAAGUGA